AUGUGCGACAAAAAACGUUUCGACUGCGAAAACUCCACCAUCGAGGCUUAUUUUUGCAAAGGGUGCACCUUCCAAACUGACUUGACUCUUCUCUUCAAGCACCACAGACACGCUAAAAAUGACAACGAAAAGUACAUAAUUCAGACGUACGUUUGCGAAGAUUGUAACUUUGAAACAAACUUCUCGUUGAAAUACCUUCAACAUACAACCUUGUGUUUGGCGAAUGAAAAUAAAAUAAGCGAGCUAUACAGACACAGAUGUGCCAAGUGUCCGUACAUAUCCAAGUACAAAUCAAACUUGAAAAAACACACGAUUUCGCGCCACUUGAGCCAGCAACACAUCAAGUGGUACGAAUGUACAAAGUGCCCCUACAUAAGCAAAUCCAACUACAACGUAAUCAAACACAAGAGUAUCCGACACACCGAUGAAAACCCUAAAUGGUUCAAAUGCAAAAAGUGUCCCUUCAAAAGCAAGUACAAGUCGGCUUUAACAAGACACUCCAAAGUGUGUCAUGUGGAUAUCACAAAUAUUAAAUGGUAUGAGUGCAAGUUAUGUCCCUACAAAACCACACUCCUGUUCAACUUGCAAAGUCACAACAUUAAUCGCCACCUAGACCACCAAAAAAUCAAGUGGUUUCGCUGUGAGGAGUGCCCCCAUAAAGCUAAAAGCAAAUCGACGCUAAAAACACAUAUAAUCUCGCGACACUUGAACGAGCACAACAUUCACUGUCACGAAUGUGAAAAGUGUCACAUGAUAGCCAGUCGUGACUGUUGUGGUGAUAAACAGAGCAUUGAGUGGUACGUAUGCAAUCAGUGCACCCUUAGAACUAAGUAUAAGUCAAAUUUUAAAAGACACAUGAUUGUACGUCAUGGAAAUGUUAAAUGGUACAAAUGUAAAGUGUGUCCGUAUAAAGCCAAGGACAAUUAUGAUUUGAGGAAUCACAUCAUCAGGCAUCAUGUGAUCGGGCUGAAAAUGAAAAACUAUGAGUGCGAAAACUGUCCAUAUAGGACUCAACGGGCUUCAAGUCUGGAAGCACACGUAGCGAUACAACACGCGGUUGAAGAUAAGUCGGGGAAAAUCGAGUUGAAGAGCGACAUAAAUGCGCGGAUGAAGAAAUUGUUAAAUGUAGCGACUUUAAAAUAA